AUGUCCAAGGGUGGGACCCUGUGGAGGCAGCUCUUCUGGAUUGCCAUCUGUGUCGUGGAGCUGUCUGGCAACUCUUCUGGGAACUCCACAGACACCCCCACCCCAACGACCACUGAGCUGAAAGGCACCAGCAGCAGGACAGACACCGGAGCCACUGGAGCCCUCAGCAGUGCCCAGCCAACACCAGAGGUGUCUGCAGCAGCCGGGUCCCUGGCAUCCAGCCCCACCUCCCCAGGGCUCAGCAGCGACAGGACGAGCCCUCAGCCCAGCCAAGCCCCCCUGCAGCCUCUGGGCACCCCCUCGGAGCCAGACAACAGCAGCCAUGGGGUCUCCACAGCUGAGAGCCCAGUGACACAGCCCAGCACGAUGGCAGAAACCCUCAGGUCCACUCUGGCUCUGCUGAACUCUCCUGCCAGCUCCGGGCAUCCUCCCAUCUCCAGUGCCACCACGCCACUGUCCCCAGGCAGGGACAGCCCGAAGCCCAUCACAUGCCACAACAUCAAAGAAGUGAGUGACACCGGAGCCAUCUGCCUGCAGCUCAACGAGUCCAACACUUGCAAAGAUUUUUUGGAGGUGAAGGGACUGGAACUGUGGAGAGUGAUAUGUGAAGGGAGUACCCACCGUGUUCCCUCCCCCUGCCAGAUCAAGCUGGCCAAAUCCGAGGUGGACCGUGACUGCAUCCUCCUCAUCCUCGUCGGGGAGAGAGAUCCUGCUACAGACAUGCUCCAGGAGACUCACUGGGAAAAGUUUGGAAUAAAAGCCCUUAAACGGGGGAGUGUGAGGAACCACCAGAACUUUUCUCAGAAGACCCUGAUUGCCUUGGUCACAUCUGGACUCCUGCUNNCAUUCCUGGGCCUGGCUGGGUAUUUCCUGAUGAAGCGGCGGAGCUGGAGCCCGGCGGGCGAGAGGCUGGCUGAAGACCCAUAUUACACGGAAAAUGGUAGCCAGGGAAACACGAUGUUGAUGAUGCCCCCCCAGGAGCAGCCCGAGCUGCAGGAGAAGCCAAACCUCAAUGGUGGGACUCAGGAGAACGGAACUGGCCAAGCGUCCUCCAAGAACGGCCACUCAGCCCGGCAGCACAGCCCUGCUGACACCGAGAUGUGA